UUGACAUAAUUUGACGUUUUGGUAUGCACAGUGGUAUAACACAUUGAAAAUUUGUGUUUAUUGUUUGUAGGGAUAUAGUUACAACAGUCGUGAUGGGAGCAUUUACGAGUAGACAACAUGCAGGCGUUGAAGAAGUUGAUAUUGUAUCGAAUCACGCAUAUAAAUACCCACCUAGAUCAGGUAAUUAUUUUGGCAGUCACUUCAUAAUGGGUGGAGAAAGAUUUGACACUCCUCAGCCAGAAGCUUAUCUGUUUGGAGAAAAUGCAGAUUUGAAUUUCCUUGGCAGCAAACCAACACCUUUUCCAUAUCCACCUCCACAAGCCAAUGAACCAACAAAAACUCUGAAGUGCUUGGUGAACAUCCGCAAAGAAUCUCUUCGAUUUGUACGUUCUCCAGAAAGUAUUGGUAAAUGUGGGGAUGUAGAUAUUGAAGCAGCAAAAUCAUCCCUUUUCAACAUAGAAUUUACUUUUGAUUGUGAUACAAGGUGUGCCAUAACUAUCUACUACUUCUGUACAGAAGAAGUAACACCAAAUGGCAUAGUUUUUCAUCCUCGGAACCCAGGAAUGAAUUCAGAAACAUUUCAUUACAAACGUGGAAGCAACCAAUUGUUCAGCCAAGCAACUCAUGUAUUUGACCCCAGCUGUUAUUCGGAUGAAGAACUUACAUACAACACUGACAAAGAAGUUAUUCCAAUUGCAAUUCAUUGUGUCGCAGAAGAUGGGAGUGAUGAACCACAUCAAUCACACACGACAAUAGCUGUUGUAGAUCACCAUUCAGAUGGCACGUAUGUUUUGAAAGCACUCAAGCAAAAGCUGUAUGUUGAUGGCCUAUGUUACCUAUUGCAAGAAAUAUAUGGAAUUGAAAACAAAAAUAAUGACACUGCAAAGGCAGCUGGAGAUGAAGACACAGAAGAUAAUGGAUCUGAAUGUGUAAUAUGUAUGUGUGAUGUUAGAGACACUUUAAUCUUACCUUGUAGACAUUUAUGUCUUUGUAACUCUUGUGCAGAUUCUCUUCGCUAUCAGGCAAACAAUUGUCCAAUAUGUCGAGCACCUUUUCGUGCACUGUUGCAAAUUAGAGCUCUGCAGAAAUCUUGUACUGUGCCACAGCCAGCAGCUAUUCUUCCACCAGAGGGGAGUUGUGAGAACAUACCAGCUGGAUAUGAGGCUGUUUCUUUAAUAGAAGCCUUAAAUGGACCUCCUAUUUUACGAGCUCUCCCAAUAGCACCUGUUAUGGAUCUGGCAGAAACUCCUGACCAGGAAGUAGCUGUUCAAGCAGCAGAGGUUCUUAACAGAUCUAGUCAGGAGCAGAUACAGUGCACAAAACAAAUUCUGGAACAUGAAGAAAACAGUCCUAGAGACCGUACUAGCCGUGAAGGUUCUGUUUCAUGUACAACUCCAGAAUUCCGUAUGUCAGUCUUGCUAGCCAGAGAGGAUGAAAAUCACAAAGAACAAUCGAAAUCACCACUUCUUGUCCGGCACAGUGUGCGUCCUCACAGUAGAGAAAAGAACUCUACAAGACCUCGUGACACAGUCAGACUGGUUAAUGAAAAGACAGUGGAUCAAACUGAGGAAAACGUUGAUGAUGAUAGUGAAGCAGAGAAGCUUUCACCUUUACUUGAAGUGGCAGGUGUUGUGAGUCCACCAGCUACUGUUUCAAUAAUUGGAAAUAAUUUGGAUGAUGAAGAUGAAGAAGAAGAUGAGGAGGAAGAAGAGGAAGUCAUUCAUGUUGACAGUCUGCGAACUAAGGAUGAUCUAGCUACAACGAACGACAUGCCAACAAGUUUUGUAAGUGAUGCUGCUCUGCCCACUGAUAUGGAUGGAUGUGUAGUUGCUGGUACUGGUGGUGGUGGUGGUGGUGGUGGUGGUGAAGAUUCAGACUAUUACACACCAGAAGACCCAGCAACAACAAUACUCAGUCCUUUGCAUUCAGAAAAGGAACGACCACUGACAAACUCUGAUGUAAUAUCAUCUGUAGAGAGCACACCUGGACGUUGGACAGGCAUUGGUAUUUCACUUCCUGGUACGCCUAUCAGUCACCUGAGUCACAGAUCCAGUGGUGACAGCUACAGUUCCAGCAGCUCAACAAGGCAACUUUUGAAUGGUGGUAACCAUUGUAGCAGAGAAAAGCAAGACUCUUAGUUCAUAAGUCUCUGUGUUAAUGAACAUUCCAACUUUUAUGUUGUGUUUUAAUGGGGAGGUCAUCAAGUGUAAUAUAUUUCAUGGAGUUACCCGAGGGAAUAUUUGAGUGGGCACUGCAUUACACGCACAAUUCUCGAGUAACUCUUCAAGAACACACUAACAUUUGCUUCUGGUCAAAUUUUCUGUUACACUUGUAUUUUUUCCCCUCCUUUGUGUUAAUGGGAAUGAACAUCGUGCCCAUAGUUCUCUGUUGAGUAAUUUGUUCCCGUAAAUAACAUAUUUCAGCUGCUUUAGUACUGGUUGAGGCUUCUAAACUAAUUACCACACAUUUAAAGAUUGAGUAGCAAGGAAGUUAAAACAAGGAUAUGUCAGUGAUUCCAUUCAGUGCAAAAGUAAUGGUAUGAGCUAUGAUUAAUAAAAAAUUCAGAAUAUUGCCAGUCAAAGGUAGUCCAAACUAUUAUCAUAAUGUAAUCUGUAUAAAGUAAGUGAAUGUGGUUUUUCUCUUCUUUUCCCAUGACGGGGAACCAUGUUUUUAUCACGUUUUGGUAUAGUAAACAUUCAUCUCUGCAGUAGUAAAAAUUGUCAAAGAUGAUGUGUAAUAGGAUUGUUAAUAUUUGAACCCUAUAGUUUCCAAGUUUGUGACUAGCAUACUGGCAGUAAUUUUCGCAGCCAUCGUGUACAGGAGUUUAACAUGUAAUUGCAAUUGCUCUAGCAUCAGGACUAUUUAUAAAAAUUUACUGAAAUUUUCGGAAUUAUUAACAGUUAAUCUUUAUUGUGUUUAAAACAGACAUGAACACUCAAAACAGACUAUGAAUCUGGUGUCUUUAAUGCUACCUUUGAACCAGAGUCCUACCUCUCGGUAUCAUCUUAUGAGUUUCAAACUGUUCUGUUAUGAGAGACAGCCUGAAAUUAAUUUACAAAGAUCUUAACUGUGUCAGCACAGAAAUCCCUACACUUACAAGAGGAGGCCAUGACGUUGGGGAUCACAGAUUUACUUGAAACUUUGUGUGCCUUUAGUAGGCCAUUAAAAUAACAUAAUGCGCAAGUAGUAAGGUGCACUAUGGCAGUUUUGAAAAAAACUCGCAAAAGAAGUUUUAUGCGUCUAUUAUGUGGCGUAUGUACCUGUGCGUGGUCAACUGGUUAGUGCUCAAGCAGCGUAAGACGAACUUCUAUCAGGCAAAAAAUGUAUUUUUUUCAUCACUGGUCAUAUAUUUAGUUUACAUGAUGUUUGAGAGAUAAUACAAUGAAAGAUCACUUGUGUUUGUAUGUAUGAAGUUUCAAUUUAUGUUUUCCAUGUCUAUGACAAAUAUCAUCCAGCAUCGUGUGAUGUCGCAAGCACAUCUGACGCGUAAUUGUACAUUACUCUUAUGGUCUGGCACAUUAUGACUCACUAUAUUACCGAUGGUGAAUAACUUCAAUUGCAUCAUUAUUUAUUGAGGUUUGACUUGGGCUUUCCAACCCUGUCUCUCAUCCUCAAAAAUUUAAUUACAAAUAGUAAAUAGUUAAAUAACAUGAAAUUCAAUACAACUUUAUAAAAAUGCAUGUGGGUUUUUCUCAUUAUAUUACCUCUCAAAUAUCAUGUAAAUUAAAUAAUGUGAUAAGUGGUGAAAAAAUAUAGAUUAGCAAGUAAAUGCUACAGAGAUUUGAACUGCCGCCUCCUCCUCAACUCACUUCCCACUCGCGAACACUAAUUGCUUGACCACAGUGACAUUUUAUGACUGGCACCUUCGCACCGAUACAUCACUUAUGUAAUAGACACGUAAAAUGUCUCUUGUUAUUUUCACAGAAUUUCCAGAGUAGUGCACCUAAUUACUUGCACAGUUUUAAUAUCCUCGUAAAGGUGUAAAAAGUUUGAACUAAAUCUGUGAUUCCAGUGUUGUGGCCUUCCCUUGUUAGUUAAAAUAAACUGAUGGCAGAGCAAUAUUGUUUUAUCUGUGUGAUUGCAACUGGCGAGUGUAUAGUUAGGUCACUGCCAUACUUCCCGCCUUGAAGGAUAAGUUAAUAAUGAUAAAACUGGUAGCAAUUUUUGAAAGAUUUAGAAAUGUACAUUCCAAUUGCCUUAUUAGAAAUAAGUGUGGGAAUAAAUGCUGUGCUAUGUAGUCACAGGGAAUGACGGGCUGUCCACAUUUGUAUGUGCUUACCUAUAUCUUCGAAUGCUAAUAUAGUCUCAGUGAUCACUUAAUCAAAAUUCAUUUAGAUUGAAGAGCAAAUGUGGUUUUGUAAAAUGCUUAUCACUACUCUUGUAACGUUAAGUUACUGUCAUGUAAACUUGAUUUUACUUUACAUAUCGAGGUGUUCUGAUUUCGUACACAAACACAUUCCAUAAAUGUAUUCCAGCUAACUUCUCUCAUGUUUAUAUUUAAGUCCAUAUUGGAUAUAAAUCUCCAUAAUACAGUAUUAGUUUAUACAUCCAGAGGUUAAGUGCAAGUAAUCCUUAAAUAUCAUUUUUCAUUUUAGUGUAUGUGUACAUACAGAAUUUACAAACUGAAAAACCUGUAUGCUGUAAAAGAAAGGAAAAGAAACCAAACAAUGCCAUUGACAAAUGAAAUAAAUGAAGUUUUAUUUUGAGUGUAUAAUUGACUUGAAUGGCAUUCUUCUCCACAAGAUACUUUCUCAGUACCCUUUUUGGCAUUGUAUCAAAGAUUCUGAACUUUGUAGAUAAUUGUUGUGUAAAUUGAAGAUUAAUACUGUUAUAAUAAAGCACGGUUAUGGUACACACAUAACUGAAUAAAAUGAA